AUGUCUUUGAAGCAGGAGAUCGAAACUUGGGUUCAAGCUCUUGCAAACUACGACAACAAUGAAUUUGAAGAGGCACUAAAGGUCUUUAACAAUAUCGCGGAUACAUCGAAGAUCCUUUUCAACUGUGGUGUUAUCUAUGCAACUCUUGGAGAGCAUUACAGAGCUGUUGAAUGCUACCAACGAGCCGUAGGUCUCGAUCAGUACUUCGCCGUCGCGUACUUCCAACAGGGUGUCUCCAAUUUCCUCGUGGGCGAUUUCGAAGAAGCUCUCGCGAAUUUCAACGACACCUUGCUCUACUUGAGAGGAAAUACGUCAAUUGAUUAUGAACAACUGGGGCUGAAAUUCCAAUUGUACUCUUGUGAGGUGCUCUUCAAUCGGGGGUUAUGUUACAUCUAUCUCCAGCAAGUGGAGGCUGGCAUGAAGGAUCUCGAAUAUGCUUCGAAAGAAAAAGCCAAACCAGAUCACGAUGUUAUCGAUGAGGCUAUCAAGGAGAACGCUGAAGGUUACACUGUCUUCUCCAUCCCCGUAGGAAUCGUUUACCGGCCAAGCGAAGCAAAAGUUAAGAAUUUAAAAACCAAGGAAUAUCUUGGGAAGGCCCGGCUAGUGGCUGCUUCUGACCGUGCAAAUGCCUUUACUGGCUUCCAAGGAUCUGAAAUCAAGAGAAAUAUAACAGAAACGGCACGAGACGACCGACCACCCGAAUCAAUAUCGUUUGCUGCUUCAAAUUUAGUCCAGAAGGGUCUGACCAGCCGUGGCGGGAGGCAACAGUCAGAACCGCCCAUCAGCAGAAACAUGUUUCCACCAACCCCACCGCCCGAAUCGGAGAAGCCACCAUCCGUUGGGGGUGGUGGCUCUCCGAGCAAUUCUUCUGGUAUGUCAGGGCGCGGACCCCGGCCUCCGAUGUUGGACUUGGAUCGAUCGGCCAUGCAAUCCAAUGAUUCUGGAGUGAUGGCGGCAAGGCAGACAGAGAGGAUGCGAAUUGGAACCGUUCGAACUGCUUCGGAACCUCGCGGACCACCUUCUAGACAGCCCUCGACCAUGCGAAGCCGUGACCAAACUAGCCGUCCUCUGUACAGGGAAACGACCCGACGAAUGCAACUGGACCCGACUUUUGCCGCUGUGGACGAAGACGGAUAUCCUGAUGAAGUCUAUAACAUGUACGCCAAUAAUUCGCGAUCGACUGGAGCUACACGGGACCCAAGUAUGAGACGUGCCCGACAACAACCACGGUUAGUAGAGGAUGCCGAUUAUGUUAGUGACGGGUACGACGAGGAGUCUCCUGACGAUGCGGAGUUCGAGAUGAUGGGUGCCAUGCCUCCACGCUCACAGCGGCGGCAGCUGUCACGGCGGGCAGAUAUUCGCAAAAUCCGAGUCAAGGUGCAUGCCAGCAGCGAUGUGCGUUUUAUCAUGAUUGGCGCGUCGGUUGGGUAUAAUGAGUUUGAGGCUAAGAUUCGGGAUAAGUUUGGAUUUAAGCAGCGGGUGCGGCUGCAGAUGCAGGAUGAUGGGGAUAUGGUUACAAUGGGUGAUCAGGAUGAUCUUGACAUGCUGCUUACAACGGCAAAGCAUGGGGCAAGGAAGGAGGGGCUUGAUAUGGGGAAGAUUGAGAUUUGGGCACAAGAAAUGUAG